AUGAUUCGCAGCAGUUGUUUAUUAGAAGAUGGUCCUUGGCUGCGGCUGUGCAGCUCUUUCAAGGGCAGCAGCAGCAGCAGCAGCAGCAGCGGCAGGAGCAGCAGCAGCAGCAGCGCCAGGUCCAGCGGCUCCGACUGGCUCCGCUCCUUCUCUGGGGGGGGCCUCGUUGUGCAGCCCCUGGCUCGGCCUGAGUCGCCUGCACUUGCUGCUGCUGUGCUUGCUGCUGCUGCUGCUGCUGCUGCUGCUGGCGACGAGCGCCCUGCAGACGGCCCUUCUGCUGCUGCUGCUGCUGCUGCUGCUGCGCCCCUGCCCUCCCCACGCAGCGACAGGCAAAGAGCCCAGCAGCACCCGAUGGGCCCCCCGCCCCCUGUAACAGCAGCAGCUGCUGCACGUGGGGACCCCGCAGCAGCAGCAGCAGCAGCAGCAGCACAUAGGCGACCCUCCCGCGGAGUCUCUCUGCAGCUAAGGCCUUCUUUUCAAAGAUCUUUUCUCUUUCUUAGGCACUGCUAUCCUUUCCGCAGAAGUGCAGCAGCAGCAGCAGCAGCAACUGAACCCGAGGGGGGCCGCCCCGGCCACGCCCUAAGGGUACUGGGGGGCCCCCCGGGGGCCCCACUUGGUACCUUCCGGCCUCUUGGGGGGCCCCCCGAGGCUCCAUGGGCUCUAGGGGGCCCCCCAGGGGCCCCAGAGUUCCUCACAGGGGCCCCCGGGGGCCCCACGGGGGCCCCAGGGCCCCUAGGGCCCCAAAGGGGCCCCCCAAGCCAUGGGGCCCCAGAGCUCCAGGGGGCCCCCGGGGCCUCAGAAAGCCCCCCAGCGGCCCCUGGUGGGCUUUCUGGGGGGGCCCCUGAGGGGCCCCCAGGGGCCCCUGAGGCCCCCGGGGGCCCCGGGGGCCCCGGGGCCCCCGGGGACCCCAAGGCCCCCAUGUUUGGGGCUUUUGGGGCCCCCGAAACUGUUGCUAAUAUGAAAAGAACUGAAGAGCCCCUGGGGGCCCCCAGGGACCCCUGUGGGCCUGGGGUUUAUAUAGGAAGCGAAGAUGAAAAAGAAGAAAGAUUGGAAAGGAUUAAAGAGCAGCAGAAUCGAAGCAAAAGAGACGCAAGAGAAAGAAGGCGGGCUGGCUUUUCAGCAGCAGCAGCAGCAGCAGCAACAGCAGCAGCAGCAGCAACAGCAAGGAAGGCCUCCUUCGAAACGCUUGGCCGAGCCUCCUCGGUCAGCAGCAAACUGGCUGGAAAGCGAAUAAAUAAAUAA